AUGAUAGGAGAAUCCCUCGAUCGGAUCGUGACUACGCAGGCUACGCAGGAGAUGUCGACGACAAGAUGACAGCGCCUGAGUGACGCUCGGUUCCGAGGGGAUUGCCUUGGCCAGGUGCUGCAAUUUCGUCCGCUGUUCUCGGGGAGGUUCGUCGAGGAAGCCGCAGGCUCGCGAGGCAACGGAUGCGUCUGACGUCGGUCCUCGGCGCCGCGACGAGCCAGCAAUCGGUGCCCGAGAGGCGGGGUGCGAUGCGGACGGAACUCUGAGGUGAUCCUUGCCGUCGCCCUCGAGGAACGUCGCGGAGGGAUGAGCGUUUUCGGAGACUUUCAGCGUGUCUGGGUGCAACGAUUCCCGGAUAGCGCACUGCCGGCAGCCUGGGAAGAGGAUGUCAGGGCCAACCUGGUCAAACACAAGCAGAAGGUAACGGCUCUGAGGGAGGAGCUGGAGAAGGAAGAGUUUUAUGUGGAGUAUUUGGAGAGACUGCUGGCAGAUGUGGAGAGGCUCAAACAGUUGUCUGUUAAUUCCAAUUCCUCGAUUACCGAAUCAAAGCCUGCUGGAACAGAGUCUUCUGAACAGCAGAACUGUAACUCUUCUGAGGAUAUCCUAUAUGGUUCGAAGAACUCCGUUCAUUCCCAUAGUGCCGACCCAUUGGCACCGCCCCUUCCUGUACGGGAGGAUAUCAGUAAAUUGCAGGACAAAUGCGUCUCCGAAUUGAGCUCCACUUUGAGCUCUGCUAGAAGGCCGAAAAGCGAAAUUCCUAAAAGUCCUGAAAAAAAUCUUGAGCUCAGAAGAAAUAGUGAUCCCGAUGUGCCAAGUAAUUAUGUUACGGUGAUCGAAGUUACUGGUAAUUCAAAGAGGGACAAGUACGAAGAUGUGGUCAAGGAAGAGGAUGAGAAAGAUUCUGAAAAGGCGGUUCACGAAGAUGGAGAAGAUGGUGACGCCGAAGCCUCUGAAGAGGAACCUUAUUACGAUUCGGUAGCGUUAGACCAAACCGGGGAGUAUGUUUACAUCGAUGCUCGCGUCCCACCUGUGGGAAGUACUGGAAAUCGAAUUCCAAUCCGUAGACCACCUUCUCUUCCGGAUUCUCCAGGAAAUCAGAGCAACUAUGUGAACAUCGAUUACUUCAUCCAACACAGAGCUGCAAUGGACAGCGAAGACGAAGAAGGUGCUGGUCCACCACCACCGAUCCUCUUGCGAGCUCUUAGCACCGACAACGAAACAGGCAGCAGCGAUGCAGAACCAUUGAGUCUUAGCGAGGGUAGCUUGGAAUCCCCCACACCGACUACACCUCGUAGACAGGAAAAGAACAAAGAUCGAGAGGAUGACAGGACGUCCAUGGUGAAGUGCAUCGUCAAUUCAGUGGUCGACAGUGAAGCUGUUUACGUAGAGUGCUUGACCGUAAUGUUGCAGUACAUGAAAGCCAUUCGAGCUACCUUAACGACAUCGCAGCCUGUUAUUUCAGAAGAAGAGUUUGGAACAAUGUUUUACAAAAUCCCCGAGUUGCAUGGUUUGCAUCAGAACUUCUUAGAUGGCUUGCGAAGGAAAACCGAAAAGUGGGAUAAUAAAACAACUAUAGGGGAGCAGUUCAAGAUUAUGGCAAGCAAUAUCGGACUGUAUGGUGCCUUCCUUCACAAUUACGCUCGUGCCACCGAUACCGUGCGAAGAUGCUCUACCCAAUCCACGCAGUUUGGAGAGAUUACGAGGGACAUCAGAUUAAAAAGUUUCCCCAAGGGCCCGGGACUUUCUCUCGAAGAUCUCCUUCACAAACCGGUGGCUCGUGUUCAGAAGAAUGCUUUGGUUUUACACGAUCUUCUGAAGCACACGCCUUUGAACCACGCAGAUCAUGCUCCUCUGUCGGAUGCUUUGGCCAUGACGAGGAAUUUCCUGGACGAGUUCAAUAUCAUUCAAACCAAGUCGAUGUUUCCGAGCCACGAUCGAGCCCAGAGGAGGCUGGUCAAGAAUUCCUUUGUGGUCGAGCUGUCCGAUGGGCAUAGGAAGCUGAGGCACCUGUUCCUCUUCAACGAUGUCAUUGCUUGUGCCAAGUACAAAGCCUCGGGCAGGGACAAAUUCACGUUCGAGUUGAAGUGGUACGUUCCCGUGGCCGAGGCCGCGGUCUCGGAGGACAGCGUGGAACCUAGAGAAACGAGUCCAGCCAAUGUCGUGGCCCUGAGAUCCCAAGCUUGCACCGUCAGAGAUCAAAUCUUGUGGGAGGAGCGCAACGACGAGAAAAGAAUCCGACUAGGUGGCAGGGGUUCGGAGAAACACCGGAAGAAGCUCGCCGAGCUGGAAGCUCAGCUGGUCCUGGCCUCCCCCAACCUGGUGUUGCGAGUGUCUCACAGGAAUCAACACCGCGUUCAAAACUCCUACACCUUCUUCCUUUCGAGCGAAUUCGAGCGCUCGCAGUGGGUGGAAGCGGUGGAGGCGCUACAACAGGGUGGACAGCCUCCAGGUCCUCUGCCUCUGUCUAUGUACGAACUACAAGCGUGGGUCACCGCUUGCCGUACUUACCUGCAAACCGACAUGGGUAGUUACCUGUUGAGGUCAGGUCGAGACGAAAGUCUUCUGCUCGGCGAUCUGCACCUGACCCUGCUGGGCCUCACGCCUCCAGGCUUGGACCGACCUGGAGAUCUCUACAUCGUGGUGGAGGUCGACAGCUACGGACACUACUUCAAAAGAGCCAAGAGCCGCGUGGUCAGGGCCCAAGCACCGACCUGGGGCGAGACGUUCGUCGUGGAGCUGGAGGGAAGUCAGAACGUGAGGAUCCUCCUGUACGAGGAGUGUGGACCUCGGUCCGUGUUAAGAGGCAAAAGUAUCCAGCGGUUGAGUAGGUCCUGGCUCCAAUCCGACCAGGUGGAAAGGUCCAUGAACCUGGGGCCGACCACUCUCGAGGUCACCCUAAGAUUUGUCCCCAGCGAGGUGACCCUCAGGCGAGUUCCCUCGGCCAAGCCCCAGGGAUUGUUCGGUGCAAGGAUCCAGCAAGUCUGCAAGCGAGAGAAACGAGACGUACCUUUCAUAAUCACUGCCUGCGUCCGGGAGGUGGAGAGACGAGGGGUCGGCGAGGUCGGAUUGUAUCGCGUUUCCGGAUCUGCCUCGGAUCUGGCCAAAUUGCGCAAGUCGUUCGAAAGCAAUUCCUACGAGGCGGAACAACUUCUGAAAGAGGUUGACGUGCAUUCCGUGACGGGAGUCCUGAAGCUGUACCUCCGAGAGAUGCCCGAAGCCCUUUUUACCGACGCUUUGUAUCCUGCUUUCCUGGAGGCGUUCCAGACGGGAGAGCUGUCCAGGGGCUCGGCUCUUCGUCGCGUCUACGAGGGACUGCCUUCGGUCAACAGGGCCGUCAUUGAUUUCCUGUUGGCUCACCUGAUACGCGUAAACAAACACGAGGCUCAGAACAAAAUGUCCCUGCACAACCUGGCCACGGUUUUCGGACCUACGCUGCUCCGGCCCGGAACGAACAGCAGGUCGGACGCCAAGAGUCGCGAUCCCCUGGCUGCUGGAACCGUCGACGUGAUGGCCCAGGCUGGGAUCUUGUAUUGUUUCUUGCAGAUGCACGUGCAGUUAAACAAUCAGUCGCUCUAGUCCAAGUCCCUUGUCUUACCGGAGUAAAUGUAUCUUGUCGGGAGUAGUACGACUCCCCUGAUCCCCUGAAAUUCCCUAGCCGGCAUUCGACUAGAUUUCUCACGUUUUCGCAGAAAAUGUGAAUGCAUAGUGAUCACCGAAUCCGUAAAAUAUACCAAUCUGGGUUAAUUGUCGAAUUGUCGUCCCGUAAUGAAUAGGCCGAUUUUUGGGGUACACGAUCCGUCAAAAACUGACCGGCAGUUACAUUUCGUAGACGCCUAGUUUUUCUGCAAGCGUUUACGAAUAAUAAUUCAAUUUCACUGUGGAAGGUAAAUUUCGCGACGAUUACUCUUAAGUGUACGUACUGCAUAAUCGAACCCCGUAGUAGUGUACUCGACGGACCACGUUACAUAUUUUAUACUUUGCAAUAUAAUAUACAUGUAUACAUAUAGAGUACAUAGGCCGGUCGGUCGUUGAUGCUUUAGGCAGUCGUGUAUUUUUUUUUUUUGUUCGAUUGUUUAUUAACUUAGGACGUAGCCGACGUGAUUUUUCUUUCCGAAGUUUCUACCUAAGAGUAAGGCCCUUGCUCAUUCCUCAAUUUUACGGGCGCUUUCCGAUCGUAUUUAACUGAAAAUAACUCAAUUUCCGAUUAAGAGUUAGUAUCGAAAAGCGGAGUAUUUCGUCGCAUUUCUCCGAUCCUGGAGUAAAGGUUCCUCGAAGAGUCGCGAGUUCUUGCUAGGGCGAGCUGAGAAGAAUUAUUUUUUAUAUUUUCUACGGGGGGGAUUAAAAUUCAAACUCUCGCCAGGAGACCGCUGGAAAAAUGCCCUAAAAGAUAUGAGAUUAAACGCGGUCUCGAUUAAUCGGCAAAAGCCUUCCGAACGCGUUCGGCGCGAGGCCUUAUAGGUGUGAAAUUUAACGGGGAAAAGACGAAAGCGUGCCGUGGUCGCCAUCUUGAAUUAUUCCCACUCUCGUUACCACUUCUUGUGGCGUCAACGAAACCACCAAACGAAUGCGUCGCAAGUUCUUUCAGGGAAAAUAUCCCAGGUUUAUCUCGCCGGUUUUCUUCAUUUCGAGGUCCGUAGGAGGUCGUUAGAGCAAAUAAAAAAACCGGUGAGAUACACCCGAGGUUCUUUAUCUUGUUGGAACACCCUCUACCUAUAAAUGUGGGUACCAGCGUGUGAGCAAACUUGCUCACGUGUACUAUAACGAUGUGUAUUGAAUACCAUUAAUUUUUAUACCAUGUAAAGACUUACGGUACGCCCUUUUUGUACAUUCAUACCGUAUGUAAUAAGAGAUCGUCCACUGUUACUGCUAAACGCCGUUCUCGCGACCGGCAAAGGGCGGCCGCGUUAGGCUCUCUAAGAGCUAUAGAGGCGACGUAUUAAUUAUUAUUACAGGAUUAAUUAUAUUCUUACAAACAGCGCGCUACUCCUUACAACUAUGAAGGUACAAAGAUAUCGGCCCAAAGUGGGGGCCGGUAAUGUAAGCUUGCGUACUGCGAGGUGGUGUACCGCCAAAAGACUCGAAUGCUUUUUAUACUCUCUGAUGCUUGUAUUUAUUCUACACGCAAUACAAGAAGCUUAACGCUGACGAGUUCGCGCUCGGCAAGGAAUCUACGUGUCCCUAGAUUUUAGGACUAAUUCGCCUUCUAUCCCCUACUCGUCACCUUAACAUUUCUUCUUAUAUUGUAAUGUACUCUCUUAUUAUUGUAUUGUAAUGUUACGCAAGGUACCCGGGAAGGCUCUACCAUCUUGGAGAGAUCCCUACUCCGAAAUGUAUCGCGGAGGUUCUGAUAUAGAUUUCUUGUUAAACCUA